UUAUCAUCUCUCGUAUUUCACAGAAAUUCCUUUUAUCACAGCGAUGAAGUCACUGAUACUAUUCACAAUCGUCGGGCUCGUCGCGGCGGACAGCCUUAACGGCUUCAACGGAAAUGGUAACGGUUACGGUGCACCUCCGCCUCCCAGCAACGGAUAUGGUGCACCCACCAACGGAUUCAACGGAAACGGAAACGGUAACGGUAAUGGAAACGGGUAUUCGGUCCCCACCAACGGAUUCAACGGAAACGGAAACGGUAAUGGUAAUGGAAACGGGUAUUCGGCCCCUACCAACGGAUUCAACGGAAACGGUAACGGUAAUGGCAACGGGUAUUCGGCCCCCACCAACGGAUUCAACGGAAACGGAAACGGUUUCGGAGCCCCUGCCCCUCGCAACGGCUAUGCUCCCCCCAGCAACACCUAUGGCCCGCCCAACGGCGCCUACGGAGUAGACCCUGAGAUUGCCGCUUUGGCCGAGAACAUUCCCGGGGGCGGCGUCCCCGGCGAGGACUACCCCAUCUUGGCUUCCGUGCCCGACACCGGCUUCUCGUGCGAUGCCCAGGCGGUGCAAGGUUAUUACGCCGACACUGCAGCUGAAGCCGGCUGCCAGGUGUUCCAUAUCUGCCAGGACCGCGCCCUCAGGCGCCAACAGGACUCGUUCCUGUGCCCCAACGGUACCAUCUUCAACCAGCAGUACCUGGUAUGUGACUGGUGGUUCAACGUGGACUGUUCUCAAGCUGAGAGCUUCUACUCCGUCAACGAACUCAUCGGAGUCGUUCCCGACGCUGGCUAUGGCUACGCUGCCGCCACCAACGGCAUCCUCAACGGCAAUGGAAACGGCUACGGAUCAAAUGGCAACGGCAACGGAAAGAACGGAAGCAACGGCAAGAACGGAAGCAACGGCUAUAGCUCCAACGGUAACGGUAGAAACGGCAACGGAGCCAGCAACGGCAACGGCUAUGGCUCCAAUGGCAACGGUAGAAACGGCAACGGAGCCAGCAACGGCAACGGCUAUGGCUCCAAUGGCAACGGUAGAAACGGCAACGGAGCCAGCAACGGCAACGGCUAUGGCUCCAAUGGCAACGGAAGGAACGGCUAUGGCUCCAACGGUAACGGUGGAAACGGCAACGGAGCCAGCAACGGCAACGGAUAUGGCUCCAAUGGCAACGGUAGAAACGGCAACGGAGCCAGCAACGGCAACGGCUAUGGCGCACCCGCCGCCCCCUCCAACUCCUACGGCGCUCCUUUCUAAGCGCGAAGCUUGCUCUCGAAUUCCAACAGCUUCGGCGACCUUGCAUUGGUUACUCACUGUCUCGCGCUCUUUUCCAAAGCCAUCCUCCCUUUUUCCUAAAUUCUGUUACUCCCAAGCGGAUCCCACCUCUUUGAAUCUUAAUGUAUAUAUUUAUUUUUGCAAUAAAUGCUAAGCAUUCA